AUCAGUGAUCGAUUGCUUCCUUUCAGUACUUUCUCUGACAGCGUGGAGUCGUUGCUGAGCUAAGCUAAGUGCGAUUAUAUUACUUUGAAUCAUACGAAAACCAUACAUUAAAUUUACAACAAAAUGGCAUUACUUCCUUCGAUUUUGCGCGAUUUGAUGGGUGAUUUUCUGGCCACUCCGCCGCGCAUAUCUCAUCUGAUUGAGAAAACGUUGCUGCACGAUUUUUUGCCCGAGGAAGAUCACCAUCAUUCCGCCAUUGAUCAACCUCACCGGCAUAAGCAGCUGAAGGACGUGGAAGCGGCAAAAGCUCACCAUCAGUUGAUCAAGAGCUGCAAGGAUGGCUUUUCGGUCAAUGUCGACGUUUCCCACUUUCAACCGGAGGAGAUUUCGGUCCAGCAGGAGGACGGCUGGAUUAAAGUCGAGGGAAAGCACGAGGAGCGUCGCGAUCAUCACGGUUUUGUGUCACGACAUUUUGUGCGCAAAUAUCGUCUGCCGGAGGGACACGAUUCGGACAAGAUGGUUUCAACGCUUUCAUCCGACGGUAUUUUGACCAUUAGGGCACCAAAAGUGGCGGCGUUGGAGGAUGCGCCGAAAGACGCCAAGGAGAUUCCGGUGGUGCAGACGGGUAAACGUGCUAAGGCAGGUGAAGAAACCGAAGGAGCUGUCGAGGAGAGUGAUGCCAAAAAAGUCAAGGUGUAAGGAGCGGGACGCUAACGGAAGUUUUGUAUUCUGGUCACGGGAUUCAAUAAACUUUUUGAACUGAA